UUCCUCCAGGAGAACAAUGUCCGCGCUUCCCUCCCUCUUCAGUGCACGCAAGAGGAAUUUGACCACCGAGACACCGAGAUGGUGGUGGCGUUGUCCGUAACCCUUGGGCUGUUUGUGGUGGAGCUGGCCGGCUUCCUCUCCGGAGUGUCCAUGUUCAACAACGUGCAAAGUCUGCUUUCGUUGGUUGCCCACUGCAGCGCCUCCAUCUGCCUCUCAUUCUUCGUCUUUGAGCGUUGGGAGACGGUCACUUACUGGUACAUCAUGGGGUUUUGCAGUGCCUUACCGGCUGCUGUCGAGAUCUUCCUGUUCAUCUCCGUCUUCGGACUCAAGAAGAAGCCACUGUGAAAAGGACAACGAGGGCGACGGCCUCUGUCCAGACGAGACCUCUCGUUCGGAUUAUCCCAGUGCAGAGGGAACUCCAAAAGAGCACGAGAUGGAGAUCAAAUGUCCUUCCCGUAGGACUAUCACCUGUCCCUGGUUUUCAACUCCAUCUUUGCUCACUCCUCCACGGACAAAAAAGCAGCUGGGUCUUCUGCAGAGCUUGGAUUCCUUCCGUGGAAACCUCUUAAUAGUGUAUCCGUGAUGGCAUCCUAUAUUUCAUCAAGAGUAGUAUUUACUGUGGCAGCUUUCAGAUGGAAGCUU